AUGGGCGAAAACAAACAGCUCUCAGCACUUGUACUCGUUGCAGAUGGCUCCGAGGAGAUUGAGACAGUCACACCCCUUGAUGUUUUGGUGCGAGCCGGAUUCACAACAGUCAAAUCUGUGGGUGUCAACCUUAAGAAUCCUCUUUACGCCCAAUGCUCUCGUGGAAUCAAAAUCAUCCCAGACAUCCCCUCGCCACACGAGAUACCUGAUCGUCUAGUCGAUGGUGCAGACAUCCUGAUUCUGCCAGGAGGUGCACCUGGAGCCAAGACCUUCUGUCAGAGCGAGGAGGUCUUACGCUUGAUCCGCGAGUUCCGCAACGAAGGAAAAUGGGUCGCGGCGAUCUGUGCUGGAACUACAGCGCUUGUCGAGAGUGUCAAGUCACCUCAUGCUGAGGGCGAGGCUUCUAAGAAGUGCAAGGUCACGUCACACCCAUCCGUGAAGCAGGAGAUUAUGGACGCUGGCUGGUCUUACGCAGACGACAGCGAAAGGGUUGUAGUCGACGGCAAGGUCAUCACAAGUCGUGGUCCAGGUACUGCGUUGCUCUUCUCGCUUACAAUCGUUGAGAAGUUGGCUGGAAAGGCGAAGAGGGACGAGAUUCAAGGCCCAAUGAUCUGUGCUGAGACUCUGUGA